CGAACGAUCGCCGUUUCUCAAAUACAUUGAUCUAGUUUCAUCUCGAAGUUAUGUUUUUAAAUGAUUAGUAAGUUCGAUAUGCAGUUUGUUAUUCUGCAAUGGGUAAGCACGUAUUGCGACGAUUGCGCAUGCGCGGAAAGAGGGUCUAUAUAGGUUUAUACAGGAUAAGAAAAGCCAUAUUAGUCACAGUGCUAUGUUGGGUGGCUGUUCUGUAUUAUCUUCAUAGCAAAGCAUUAAAACAAUACAUCUCAACGGAAAGCGAAGCGAUUCGUCGGAUUGUGGAAAAGGAAUUGUUGGUCAGUUGCGGAAACAUAAGUUUCACGCUGAAGGAAAGAUACUGCGGCAAGCGGUUUAAAUGGAUAAUCAACAACUGGAUGAACAAUGUUUGUUUUGUUCGUUAUGGAAUCAACGAAAACGAGACCUCAUGUUCCAUCUACAAAUAUCUCGUGUUCGUUGAACGCGUUUGUUCAUAUCCUGGCAACAUGGACGAACUAAUUCCUUCAUUUAAAGAAAUAACGUCGUCUCUACCACAUGCGGAGUAUACGACUGACUUUUUAAUCCUUCAGAAAAAGUUAACGGAAUGCGGGAAGGUUUGUGAGUGGAUAAAAGGGCGCGUGGGUACGAAUGAAAACGGCUGGAUUUUUAACGCAAGAGACUUGUUGAAACGGCUUUUCUAAUAACGAACACCUUACGAGCAGCAGUCACAUAUUUAGUUCGUUAAAGCUUCGAAUUCUUUUACACAUGGGUUUAUUGACAAAGGAGUUUGGACUAAACUUCGGCGAAGCUGCAUUAGCUGGAGGUCCCUUGGGUGAAUUAGUUCAAUGGUCUGACCUUAUGUCAUCUCUGCAUGUAAUGGGGCAUGACGUUGCAUUAUCGUGGUCACCUGAUAGACUGGCAGAAGUCAUGCUUCCGCAAGGACACAAUGAAGAUACGUGUCGACCGGCCAGAGUCUUCGACAUUGUGUUUACCGAUAUCAUUGGACUGGAACAGAUAAGACAGCUACACGGGUCAUUGUACCAAUAUAGAUGCAUCUUACGGGUGUUGGAUGUAUACGGGACAGACCCGCAGUUCAACCAUCCGUUGUUUAACCCGGAGAAGCAAGGCACAUGGGGAGGCAAAGGAUUAAACCCAGCUCAAUUUUUCACUCACUUUCCGCAUUCCACGGAUAAUUCCUUUCUCGGUUUCGUGGUUAACAAUAAAAUAACGAACUCUGAUGACAAACAAGAGAGCAACAAGAAAAUCGCUUUGCUGUACGGGAAACGGCCAUCUGUGUUAAAUGGGCGAAACAAGUUAAAAUACAUUGACUUGAUUAACGAGCAUUUUAAUGAAACACACGCAACCAUGUACGUUAACGUGAUGAACAAAAAAGGAAUGGAAAUGUACGAAUCGAUCCCAAGCUACGUAGUUAACCAUCGGAACUUGGAACAAGUCGAAUUCAGACGUUUGCUGCGGCAAUCAUGGGUGUACGUUGGGUUGGGCUUCCCCGUGGAAGGCCCAGCAGCUUUGGAAGCGAUAGCUAGCGGGGUUGUGUAUCUAAACCCUCAGUUUCGAGUUCCACGGCCGGUAGCGGAUAAGAAACCAACCAAACGAUUGCUCGCUUCGCAAAAUCCUUACGCAGAAAACCGAAUCGGUGAGCCCCACGUAUAUACAGUAGAUAUGCGCAACCUCACUCAAGUUGAAGACGUGUUGAUCAAAAUAAAGAACCGACCCCGGCCCAAACCGUUCGUGACACACGAGUUCACCUUCUUAGGUUUUUUAGAGAGAAUACACUCGUAUUUGGAGCACCAGGACUUUUGUACCGACACCUGGCAAGAAUCGAUUAUAUCUGGAAAUAUUUGGAAGAAAAAAGUCCGACAGUGGCCUCCAUUAUCAGUUCUACAAGUUGAAAUUUCUGACAAAGGGGAAAGUUGCACUUCUGCGUGUUCCCGGAAGAAAAUGGUUUGCGAACGCUCGCUAUUUAAGGAGAUUAACAACGAAGAAACCUUCAAUUCUAUUUGGAAACACUGCGAAAAUAUUAAGCAAGUGUUUCCAUUAAAGGAAGUUGAAAAUUAUAGACGAAAGUUGAACUAUGGGAAACCUGAGGCGCCGUGUCAUGCACCGAGCAUGUCACCAUCUAUGUGUUACACGCAAACGGAUUCCCUUUUGUUUUCAUGCGCGUGUACACCGCCUACCGACACACAAAGAAUAUGUCCGUGUAGAAAGUAUGAUGAUCAAAUAGCACUGUGUGUUGGUUGUUAUUAAGUUGAUUUCUUCAGUAAUUUUGUUGUUGAGUUAAUACGUGAGUGUCGCUUUUGAAUUUAAAAUAACAAAAUCUCCAAUUAGUGCU